GACGUUUGAAUGCUUGAGUGGAGGUGGAGGAUGCCCAGCCACGGCGGCAAGGCCUGAUCAGGGCCACCAUGGCGCUCAUCGGCAUAGGCGGGUCGUCCAUGAUGGUGCCGGAGCACCAUUCUGCAUCUGCCGCCACGCCCAACGGCCAUCCCAUUCCCUCUGCAUCGACAUACCUCUACCCGGCUGCAUCCCCAUCGCAUAGUCAUCAUGGCGGCGGCUCGGGGCAGACGAUGAGCUCGAGUAGCAUUUUGUACAGCAAGAAGGUGCCGGUGCGCAUCAAGGCGCCUGACAGGGAGGACCACUGCGCAUCGCUCGACGUCAAGGUGGCGCUGCAGGCGGAAAGUAGCCAACAGGUAACUAACCAGAGAUGACAUAUAUAGAAAGGCAACAUCGCCAUGGUGUUGUUUGUCGUGUGUGUAUCGUACCGUACAGAUGCUCUACGUGGAGCUGACCAACGAAGCCGACCCGUAGGCUAGGCAGCCUUAAGGCAGAGAUGGAGGGAAGAGCGCCAUCACAUAAUCUAUGUGAUAUGCACUGUCUGUACGGGUGUGUGGUUUGUGUCUGUCAGGUAUUUCCUGUACACGUUGCAGGUGAGUGAGUCGGACUUCCACGUGUUGAAGACCGACCAGCGCCUGCUGGUCGACUUCCAAACCUUCCCCUCCAAGUUCAUCGAGCUACUGGAGGAGUGCCUCAAGGGCCAGCACUCGCAGCCGCUCACCGUCCCGCCCAGUCCAUCGCCGCCACAGGCAGCAUCCUCACACACGCACCCGGCGCACAACGUGUCGACCGCUAUCUCCUCGUAUGCACCAUCGUACCUGGCCCAGAAGUGAGUGGGUGCGGUGUGUGAUGCACCACACGACACGCGCAUCGGCCUUCCUUUGUCCACGAAUGUAUGUGUGUGGGUGUGUGUAUGUGUAGGUUUGUGGCCAUAUUGCUGUGCGGUCCCGGGAGUGGGCCUUCGCAGCCUGCAGGAGGGUCACCGUCGGGUGCGUCGUCGUCGUGUGGUGCGGUGCGUUGCGGGGAGGCGACGCUCAACCUGGUGGAGACCAACCAGUUCCGCGAGCUGACCCACCUCUUCCUGCGGCUGAGGCGCGGCAACGACGAUGCCGUCAAGAAAUACCUGGCCAAAAAACUCACCGAAUUCAAAGUCAGCCAGCACCUAUACUAGACAGAUGACGAUGGUCUUGAGUGUGUAUGGAUGGAUGUGUGUUGUCGUGUCGACCAGGUUCGUUGUGAGGACAUGGGUCGUGAGCUGCACACUGCCGGCGAGACGCAGCGGAAGCAGAGCCACGACAUAGACGACCUCACCACACGACUCAACAGCCUACAAAUCGAACAGUGGGCGCAAUACAACACGCACUUGACAUACAUGGAAGGGUCACGUGUUUGGGGUGUGGGUGUGGGUGUGAUAUGUAUGUGUCAGUGGUCGCAUGAAGGAGAGUUUGUCAGCGCAUCACCAGGAGGAGGUGGCCCGGCUCAAACAAAUGCACAUGCAGGAAAUGCAAAAGAUACAACAGGUCCGGUCCGCACACAGACAGCACAGGCAUGUACACCGCCCUCCCACCCCCGGCUGCUGUGCCUUCCAUAUAUCUCUUAUGUGUGUAUCAAUCAGGUCGGCGUAGAGGAGCGUCAGGCAGCGGAGGGCCGCACCCAGCAGCAGAUCGAUGGCCUCGCCAAACGACUAGAGGAGGCCGAAAAGUCCAACCGGAACCUGCAGGAGAAAAAGUAAGGGAUUAAGACACAUACAUACAAAUUCACGAGCGCAGCGCAUGUCAGUAUGGCAGUCAUGGAAGUGUUCGUCUGUUGGCUCUCCUGCGUGUCUGCCUGCAGGGUUCAGCUGGAGUCGAGCGACCGGGACCUGAGCCGCCGGCUGAAAAACUGCGAGAGCGAACUCCAAUCAGCCAACGAACAGGUGAGGUGGAGUAUACACACACAGAAAGGCACACGCAGGCCAGUGCGUGCAUGAACAGCACAGCACGGAUAUCAGUCAGUCAGUGCAUAUGGCUGUCUGUGUGUGUAUUCGUCGGUCCAUCAGCUGCAGUCGUGUCGUGUAGAGGUGAAGGAUUUGGAGAAGGUGCGGCACCAAAACGAGAAGAGCCUCACCGGACUUAACGAAAAAAUCAAGGGAUACAUCGAACAGGUGGGUCAGGUACAUUCAUGCUCAACCGGUCGGUCGGUCAACCACACACAGACCGACCAGACCAGAGGCAGCCACUCAGCCAGCGAGCAAUGUUUGUGCGCGUUGUGUGUGUCGCUGUCUGUGUAUGGUCGGUCGCAUUCAUUCAUUCAUCUAUCAGUUGCAGUCCAAGGAUUCGUUGCUGAGCAACUCCAACACACUCAUAGACCAGCUCAGGUCACAGAAGGUAGGUGAGCCAGCCGAGCGGAGGACGGUCGGUCAUCCCAUCAUCUCGCGUAUCUGUCUGUCUGUAUGUGUGUAGGCAUCGUUGGAGGAUCACUUGUCUGAGGCCAAGGCGGCUCACAAGGAGCUCGAGGACAAGUUCCAAGAGAGCCUCAGAGAAAUCAACAAGGCAGCCACCCUCCCACACACACACACACUGCUAUACCUCUUCUGUUCGCAUGUGUCUCUCUGCGCGUUUGUGCUGUGUGUGUCAGGGCAACGAGAUCAUCGAGAAUUUGCAGCAGCAGGUCAAGAGCAUGAAGGCCAAGAGCAAAGCCAAGUCAACCACCAUCGCUGCCAACCAAAAGGUAAAUACCGCCGUCACGUCACACACUAUGUGUGUCUCCUCCCUCUCUGUGUGUGUGUCAGACGAUCAACGAGUUGGAGCUCAAGAUAGAGAAACAGAAACAAGACAUCCAGCUGGUCGGUCAGUCAGUGGACGAGUGGUCACACAUACACACCCGCUGGCUUUCUGUGUUGUGGCUAUGGUCAGUGUGAGAAGCGUCUGGUAGAGGCGGCGGCGCGCGAGGCGUCGCUCAAGGAGGACAUCGAGAAGGAACAACACAAACUCGCAGAGGCACAAAAGGCUCUCGCGGAAAAGCAAAACUGUAGGCAACCCAUAAACACAUGGAUGGAUGGAUGGAUGUGUGUGUGGUGCAGUCAUAGAUUUCGUGAAUCAGCAGUGGGUAGAGCGUGAGCUGACGGUGGCCUUCCCCCCCAAGACACAGACACCCUCCCAGUCGGCACAGCGGUUCCCAUCGGCCCCCGCACUCCCACACGCCAACAGCCACCCAUCACAAUCGCCCUCCUCCCUGCUGCCGCCGCCGCCAUCCCUCACGGUCAACGCGCCAUCCGUCAUGGACCUGGCAUGUCAGAAUCGGCUCAAUGACAAGACCGCAGAGAGGCUUAUGCAGAGGGCUCUCGCUAACCCUUACCGACAGGCGGACAGCAGGCAGCUGCAGCAGCAGCAGCAGGAGAGGGGCGUGAUGAUGCCGAGAAGCGACGGCAGGCAGCCCGUAGGUAUGCCGUUAACAUUGCAUCCACGACGAACAAAGAUCCAGACGAAGAGAGAGAGGUGUUUGUUCUGAAUGCUUUGGCCAAUUAGCCGGUGCUGCGAGUGGAGAGGGUGCAGCUGUUGGCGGUGGCGCUGGUGGUGUGUCGAGUAGUGUUGGUGCAGACGGGUUCGCCUACACGUUUCGGGCCAGUGGUGUGGGCAGCACCCCCACACCCACAUCUGCAUAUGCCGCUGGACCGGCCACCAGCAGCCAGCAGCCGUACUACCACACAUCAUCCAGCGGCUUCAGAGGUCUGCCAACUGCUGCGUGUGGUAUACAUACAUCCACAUGAAUGGAAUGGACACACUUCCUCUUGUUUGCGCAGCUGUAUCUCCGUUUGGUGCCGGUGGUGGCUUCUCGUCCGCCUCAUACGGCAGGGCUGCCCCCACCAUGCAAACACAGCCGCCCGCAGACACACUGCACCAACACGGUGAGUACAAACUUAACAACCAACGCUGGGUUCUGCGCCACGUUGGUGUGGUGCAUCAAUCAGGUCUGCCGGACCCCGGUGCGGGUCGUCUGCACCGGCCGGACAUCGAGUGUACGCCCCACUUCUCCCGUCGCAGGAACGGGGGCCUCGAUGGCGGCACAGACGGCGAGAGCGAGAACCCCAGCCCGGCUCGGCAGAUGCAGCAGCCGCCCCAGCCCUGCCAGCCAACGGUGGUGCCGCCUCGACAGAGGCCGCCCGAUGAGGUGGCGUCUCGGCUGCAAGGGCCGGUGGUCUACCAGCCACCAGACAGGGGCAGCAUGUAGCUAGUGGAGGGUGAGAGGGAGGGAAAUGCACAGCGGAAGCAGCCAAAUAGGCCUGUGGAUGGACGAGUGAAUGACGGGCCCGUGUCUGGGAGUGUGUUGGAUUCAAUUGACGUGUUGAUGGGGUGGGUGUGCUGCAGUGCACAUGUGCGGCAUGAUGUGAUGUUCGGGGCGGUGUGUGUGUGUGAUAUUACGGCUCGGCUGUCAUGGGUAGUGUACACAUUCACUUUGAAAACCAUCCACCG